AUGGUCACACGAGAGUCAGAAUUGCUGGCCUAUGUGGUAUGUCGAUCUUUCUCUUCUCUCGACGCGCGCUGCUGGAGCCUCUCCUCCCCUGGGGCUGUCUUGCGCCUCGGCGAGGACCGAGGCGGCGGCGUGAGCACGGAGGAGAAGGAGGAGGGAAACGCAGAGAGAGAAAAGAAAGAGAAGGAAGAGCAGAAAGUGAGUGGGGAGAAGGACAAGAAGGAGAAGGACAAGAAGGAGAAGAAGAAGGACAAGAAGGAGAAGGACAAGAAGGAGAAGGACAAGAAGGAGAAGGACAAGAAGGAGAGGACGAAGACGAAGUGUCGAUGCGCCUGUUGCGGUGGGUGUCGGAGCAAUGGCAGCACUGCAGCUGUUUGAGAUUGGAAUCUUCGAGGCUUGCGAAGAAAAAAGUUCUUUUAUCCGGAAUCUUUCC